AUGUGCCCUUUCUGCGAUGAAGCCGAGGAAUCAGUUGAACAUUUGUUCACCGCUUGCGUGGUAGUGGUGAGGGUAUGGACGGCGUUCAGCGUUUGGUGUAACAUUUCGCCGCUUAUUCUUUUUGAUUUUAAAGACAUCUUAGAGAUCCACAAAUUCAUUAAGCGAAGUAAGAAGGAGGAGAAGAUCAUUCACGGGUUGGCUAUGAUUGCGUCUUGGUGCAUUUGGAAAGAAAGGAAUGAAGUGGUCUUCAGUCAGAAAAGAUGUAACCCGCAAGAUAUCAUAGGGGAGAUGAAAUCUAGAGGUUUCGCUUGGAUGAAAAAUAGAGCUUCGUGUAAGUAUAUUAGUUGGACGGAAUGGUGUAAAUACCCUCUGUAUAUGUUGUAA